AUGUCCAAUAAGUUCUUCCUUUUUUUUCUAGUGAUUCUAGCUGCCACCAUGCAAGGAACUCAUGCAGUCGAAUUCAACGUCACUAACAAUGUACCAAAAACCCCCGGAGGAAUCCAGUUCACAAAUGAAAUCGGGCUCAAUUACACCUAGUGAACACUAAUCUCUACCAUAUUCAUAUGGUGCGUCUUCCAAGAGAACACCGAUGCAGACAGAAAGAAAGUGGCGAAAGUGAGCCUGUUCAUUGACACCAUGAAUGGCGUCGCCUACACAAGAGAUGAUGAGAUCCACAUUAGCGCGAAUUACAUACAAAGGUACUUGGGAGAUAUUAAAACUGAGAUCACCGGGGUGGUGUAUCAUGAGAUGACGCACGUGUGGCAGUGGGAUAGGAGCCCCCAAACUGUUGCUCCUAGAGGACUGAUAGAAGGUGUUGCAGAUUUUGUGAGGUUGAAGGUAGGAUAUGCACCAAGUCACUGGAUGAAGCCCGGGCAGGGAAACCAGUGGGAUCAGGGUUAUAAUGUUAUAGCCCGGUUUUUGGACUAUUGUGACAGUAUAAGAAAUGGGUUUGUGGCAGAACUUAACAAGAAGAUAAGAAAUGGUUAUAGUGCUGACUACUUUGUUGAGCUGCUGGGAAAGAUAGUUGAUCAGCUUUGGAGUGACUAUAAGACCAAGUAUAGCAACUAG